CCGGAAGUAUCCGCCGUCCUGUCUCAGGUCUCCAUAGCGGUGGUGUUCUCCGGAUUCCAGGCAGCAAUUCUCUCAGCAAGAUGCCGUUCAUCGACCUGCAGACUAACCUUCCUUCCAGCUCGUUUUCUGAGGACUUCGUGAAGAAGCUGAGCUCCACCAUCGCUGCGGCUUUGGGGAAACCAGAGGACAGGAUGAAUGUGGUGGUGAAGCCUGGGCUUCCCAUGCUGAUAGCCGGCUCCUGCUCUCCAUGUGUGAUGCUGUCGGUGGCGGCUAUCGCUGUGACCGACACCGCCGACAAGAACAAGGAGCACAGCGCCAAGAUCUUUGAGUUUCUCACCAGAGAACUUGGUUUGACUGAAGACAGGAUCGUUCUUCAGUUCCACGCACUGGAGCCUCACCAGGUCGGGAAGAAAGGAACCGUCAUGAGCUUCUUGUGAAGGACGCAUCAUCUCACUAACUAACUCCUGAAAGAAGAAGAAUCUGCAUCAGAUCAGCAAUAAUCACACACUACAAGGUCAAAAGUAGUUUUACCAGCUGCUGACUGUUGUCAGGACCACUGUCUGAACUGAAUGCUUUAAAACAGGAAGAUUAAAAGACCUGCGACUGUUUAACGACUGAAAGCAUCUAGAGAUUCACCUACAGAUGUUCUUUUUGUCAUCAUUUCAUUCAAAAAGGUACAUUUUCUUAUACUCUGUGUUCACUACACAUAAAGUAAAAAUAUUUCAAGACUUUUUUUGUUGAUAAUCGCUCAUACCUCAUGAAAAUCAGAAGUCCAGUCUCUCAAAAUAAAACAGUAUUAGGUUACAGUAAGCUACAAUUCAGACAGUAUAGAUACUGUUAGAAUAAUAACUGUAUUAUAAACAGCUCAAUUUUUAUUGAUUUGAGAAAAUUUGAAGUUAUUUCUGUUGUUCAUGAGCUUAAAGCCAUGACAGCAAAAGGCUUUAAAUAUAUCACUAACAUAGAAUAUAUAUUAGAAUAUAUAUUCUCUGUUAGUGAACUUAAAUUUCAUAUGAAAGUUUAAGUUUUUGAAUGAAAUUAUGAAAAAAAAACUUUCACAUAAUAGCUUCACCAGUAUUUUACACACUAUUGAUGUCAUACUUCAGAUUUAAAAAAUAACUGAAGUCAAAACCCAGUUUAUUUCACUUUAUAACGCAGCAACGCUUCAUAUUGGUUUAUAUUAGCUUUUAAACAUCUCAAUUUGAAAACAAAGUCGACCUCUUGUUGAUGAGAGCAGAGAUCUUUGUUUUUUUUUUAAAAAUACAGUUUCCAUAUUCUGCAGAUUCAUUUGUAGGAACAAGGACCAAGCUAAUGUCCUAUUUUUAACGAGUGAAAUUUAACUUGUUUUUGUGGAAAAACCAUGAGAGAGUCAUAUUAAAAGGCAUCUUUAAGUCAUACUUUAAAUAUGGGACCAUGUGGGAUUUUUUCCUUUUUGAUUGUGCCACUUUCAUUUCAAUAAAUUUGAAGAAUUUUCAUUGA